CUGGGAAGCCCCUAGCGCGGAGCUGCCAACGCCCGGCGUAAAGACACAAAUAGAGGAUACGAUCUUGAAUGAGUAGAGAAGACUGAAACACAGCUAUGCAGACCAUCAAGUGUGUCGUAGUUGGGGAUGGUGCUGUGGGUAAAACCUGCCUGCUCAUCUCCUACACCACAAACAAGUUUCCCUCUGAAUAUGUACCUACGGUGUUUGAUAACUAUGCUGUAACUGUAAUGAUCGGAGGCGAGCCCUACACUCUGGGCUUGUUUGAUACAGCAGGUCAGGAAGACUACGACAGGUUACGACCUCUGAGUUAUCCCCAGACCGACGUUUUCCUCGUCUGUUUCUCCGUCGUGUCCCCCUCCUCUUUUGAAAACGUCAAAGAAAAGUGGGUUCCAGAGAUCACCCACCACUGUCCAAAGACCCCCUUCCUGCUAGUCGGCACUCAGAUCGACUUGCGGGACGACCCCUCCACUAUAGAGAAGCUGGCAAAGAACAAGCAGAAGCCCAUCACUCCGGAGACGGCCGAAAAGCUGGCGAGAGACCUCAAGGCUGUGAAAUACGUGGAGUGCUCAGCCCUCACGCAGAAAGGCCUAAAGAAUGUGUUUGAUGAGGCGAUAUUGGCCGCAUUGGAGCCCCCAGAGCCCAAGAAGAAGCGCAAAUGCGUGCUGCUAUGAGAGGCUCCUCCCCACCCCACCCCAGUUUUUUUGUUUUUUGUUUUAUUCUUUAUCAAGAUUGCACACACACACACACACACACAUAACACAUACACUUAAAUACAUACACAUACACCCCCCCCCCCCCCCACACACACACACACACACACACACACACACACACACCCUUCCUUUGCUCUACUAAGGCUGGUUGACAGCGUUGUCCACUGCAGGGGGGAGACUAUAAAGAAAACAGCCCAAGUUUCACAUAAUUCUCUGCAAUAAGAAGUUGUUUCAUCCCCCCUUUCCCUCCCUCCCCCACUCCCUAUGAAGUCUGCGUUCGGGACAGAAGACAAAACUAAACCUGGCCAGCAGGUGGCUGCGGGCUGCAGGGUUGGAUCGCUUCACACGGGGUACCAAACAUCUAGCUUCCUCACAAGUAGAACCCAAGUUGAGCUUUUCCAUAGAUUGAUAUUUUGAAUUCAGUCGAUGUCGUGGCUUAAUCACGGUUUAGUUGUCCUCAGCCAAUGAAAACGGUUUACAGAUUUUUUUUUAAAAAAAGCUCCCUGAUUGGCGUACGGUCCCAUCACCCUCCUCUGUUGAUGAGCACACUCACCCCCAACCCCCCCUACCCCUUCCUUUUCUCAGCACUACCAGAAGAAAUGCUAACAGAGUAGUGUUCCUUUUUGUUCUCCUCCUCCUUUUUUUUUUUUUUUUUUGUUGUUUGCCAACACCCCCCUUUUUACAAGUCUGAGAUAUUUAUUCCACGUUCCAGAUAGAUGCACUCUCAACCACUAAAGGAAACUGCAGGACUGAAAGGACGAGCUCAUUUUAAAGGCGACACAGCCACAAAAACUCACACAGAAAUCGAAUCGGUAAACGUCGGCAGUCCUCUUAGCGCAGAGAAGAGAAGAGUGGCAGUCCAUUUGGAGCGCGGCCAUCACUUGAAGAGUUGAAAGGCAUCCAGUAGUAACGGGUCCGCUAAUCGACCGCAGGAAUUGGCCUUUUUUAUUUUCUUUUUUCUGUUUUUCUUUUUUUUUUUUUUAGAUGCAGGGAACUUUAAACAGUGUUAGCAGAACAAGCAAGUGUGUUCUUCAUGCGUUAAUGCGUUGCCAGGGACCAAGGGAGGGUUAAAGCAGGAUACUGUUUUAAAACAUCGCCAUCAGCGUACUAUUAGAAAUGGGUACAGCAGAGAGACACGUAAAAGGCAGCCAUGUUUAGGCAAUCAGUUAACAAUCUGAUAUUUUCACCAGAAUUCUGGUCCAGCUCAGAAUUCGGUGCCUUUAUUGAGGCGUGAAGGGCUGUCGGCUCUGUUGUACCCGUUCAAACUGUACGCUGCUGCGUGUAGCUGAGCCUUGGUCUCUGUUCUAAAUGAUAGGUUUAACAGAUGUAAUUAUAAUGUAAGCUGGCACACAAUGUUUAAUGUAGGCUCCAGGUGUUUUUACCAAAUCUUUUUUUUUUUUCAGUUUGUGCUGUUUUUUAUUAUAUAUUAUAUCUCUCUCUAUAUAUAUAUCUAUAUAUGUAUAUCUAUAUAUAUAUAUAUAUAUAUAUAUAUUAAAAAAAAAAAAAAAAAAAAGGUUUCUUUCACUCCUUUUUUCCAUUUUAGGGGUCGGAACUCAUCUGAACUCUUACCUGCCAGUUUAUACCAGGAAAACCUCUUGCUUGGUUUUAGUCAAAUAAAAACCUCCAAUGGCAGAGAGACUGUUUUCAGUUAAGAUCAUUUGUGAUUGGAUGGUUCUUGUUUUUCUUUUACUGGUGGCUUAGAGUUGGGUCGACAUCCAGCCCUAGUCAGUAUAAUUAUUAUAACCUGUUGUUGUUUUGGUGCAAAAACCAAAUGCUUUGUCUAAAGUCUUUGUUCUUUGUAUAUGCAUUCUUUUCAAAAAUAUUAAACUUAUACCUUAAUUGCCUUUA